AACACAUUUAGAGCACUCUUAUCCUCUCAAUUUGAAAUGCCUAUUACCAACAACACUUCUCACACUAUGACCAACAACAGGUUUUCCGGAAUGAUAGAAACAGUAGCAAUGUGUAAGCAACUUUGUUUUGGCGGUUCUGCACUUGGACUAUUCACGAAAAUUAUCAAGAAAGUUCUAUUUGCUCUAUUUACUUGCAUUCUGGCACUAGGAGGGUCAAUAGUAGGAACAAUUGCAGGAGGCAUCAAAGGGCAGACCACAGAAGCUGGUUUUCUUGAUGGUGCUGGAAAAGGAGCAAUUACAGGAGCCAUUGCAGCAUUGGAAUUGAUCAAUUUUGAUGCUUUUGAUGAGCCAAUUUCCAAGGUUGCCCUGUUGAGCAGUUUAUUAAAUGGGAAAAUCUUUAUGGAAUGGAUAUGUCCGGCUGUUGCAAAACUCUAUCAGUUGCAUGUAACUGUUAACACACUGGAAACAAUUUACCAAGAAGUAUCGGACAUUUAUGAUAUCAGGGGAGUCAGAGGGAUACCACAUAAUGUAAUUCUGAAGCUUCCUUUUCAGCCAUUCAACUCCAGAAAAAUGUUGAAAUCAUACAACAUGUCUUGCUGCUCAAUUUGCUUCCAGGAUUUUGAGGAUGGAGAAUUGGUCAGGAUACUUCCAAAAUGUGACCACCUUUUUCAUCUAGAAUGCAUAGACAAGUGGCUAGUCCAACAAGGAUCAUGCCCAAUGUGUAGAACUUAUGUUCCUGAAUCCUGACCACAUUAGUAAUUUUGUUGUAAAGUAGGUUGAGCAUGUUAAUAACAAAAGAAAAAGUAAGUUGUUGAGCUUCUGUCAUGUAUGCAAUUGUAGAUAAUCUAUUGAAGUUAUUGCCAAAUUAGAGCAUGUUAA